AAUUUUCAUAUGAUAUAUAUUCCAAAUUAACUACGUUCCACUGUAUCGGAGUUUGGUAAUCGAGUUGAGUGGAGUGGAGCGGAUGGAUGAGGAGUUUUGUGUCUCUAUCAUCCACGUGCUCUCAGUAAUGUUGUUAUACAUUUUUAUUUGAUUUGGGCCAUUAGAUACUUGGGCUGAUUACCGUACUCCUAACAGGCCCAUUUUAAAGACAUUCUUUGAGAAAAUAGCCUAAUUUGUCAUGUACUAUUUGAUAAUUGGACAAUUUUAUUCUCUGAUAAUGAUUCUCUUAGGAUAAUCAUAUCCCUUAAUAGGAAAUAAAAAGUCUCUUUUUUAUAUUUCAACUUCAUGAUUUUCUGUUAUAGUUAAAAGUUAUGGAGUAAAUUUUAACUUCUAUUUUAUGGCAAAAGUAUGAAUGAACUAAAAGUCCAGAUGAAAAAGUUGAAGCGUGAUAGUAAGUAUCUCUUUUAUUUCUAAUCAAAUAUUUCAAAUUCAAAUCUUAAAAAUAAAAUCAAGUUUCACUUUAUUCCAAAGCAAAAUUAGUCAGACUUUAAAAUAAAUAUUAUUCGGAGGAAACAAAACGAAAAGAAAGUGUUAUUGGAGUUGGUAGAAAAGGAGACAAAAAGUGUGAAUAAUCCAUUGGGAAGCACAACCUUUAGGAAUCAAUCUCCCAUACCAUCCUCGUGUAGUCAGAGUACUAUUAGCACAAAGACUUAGAACUUAGAACCUCCCACCCAACAUGCCCAUUAUUAUUCUCCCUAAUAUAAGUAUAUCACCAUUUCCACACCUAUAACAACGGCACCAAUUAAUACUUUUUAUGCGAUAUUAAAUUUUGUAUAAGUAAUAUCGUAUUAGGUACGAAAAAAAUUAGUAUAUUCAGGUAGUAGGUCAAAUGGAAGUUCAAACGUACCGGCACUGGCCCUGUGGUUGGGUCUGUCUGUUUUCUCUGAAUGGUCAAAAGUUUCAACUCACGUUUUUAUGAAUAGAGACAAAUUCAGCCCAAAUCAAUAUUGGAAACAGUAGCUUAGCAGCAAUAACUCCUGGAAAAUGCCCAUGCAUUCAUCUUCUUCGUCUCUUUCACGGCGCCAGAAGCCUAAUAACAACAAUGAAAAUGGCAUUAGCAAGUCUAUGUCGGCAGAAGAAGAAGUGAAGCUUGCAGCUCUUGCUAUCAGCUUUAACAUACGGCUCAGAUCAGCAGAUAUGCCUUUCGCCAUGCAAGCACAUGCCCUUCGUUACGCCAGAACUCUUCUCCUCCAACCUGUGAAUCACCGUCCUAAUCCCUCCCUCCUCGCUCGCUCCCUAAAAAAGGAGUUUGAUUCGAUGUAUGGACCGGCAUGGCACUGUGUGGUAGGGAAGAGUUUUGGAUCGUUCGUGACUCAUUCACCUGGUGGAUUUGUGUAUUUUUCACUUGAAUCGUUCUCGUUUCUUCUGUUCAAGACGGAGGUUCAGUUGAUCACUGAAGCAGUAGUACCAACACCUGCUGCCCGCUGAUUGGUUGCUGCAGCUGGCGGAGACGGUUGUUGCUUGGUUGACGCCUGUCGGUGGUUAGUUUCCCAAUCUCCAUUCUGAAACAGAUAUAGUUGCGAACUUGUUUUGGAGGUAAUUUCACAAGCUAAUUAUGAUUGUACAUAAUACUAUUGAUAUUUCUCUAAGAAAAAAAAUACAUGUAGCACACUGUUUCCUAUUUCUAAGUUCUUUCAUCUUCGAAUACAUAAUUCAGCAAUAUCAAUGGUGCACUAAUUCCAAUUGAGAUGGUUCCAUAAAGCUCAACGUCGCUCUAGACAACACUAAGUCAUCUAAUAGAAUCUUACUCUGCUUUAAGACAAGUUUCUUUCUCUCCCACAUGAACUGCUCUACCUUGUCUACAUCUUCCGGGGUGUCAACACCAUGAGUCUCAUGGUCAACUUUUUAUCACCUGAAUACAGGACGAGAUCCAUCCAAAAUAAUAAAAACACUGAUAAAUUAACCGGAACGAGUAAACGGUUAAGUCAAGCUUGCAGAUUUAGUACCUUCAUCUAUUAUCUCAGGUUCAAUAAGAGGUUCAUCUCCUUGUAUGUUAACAACAAUGUUACAUUUCUUCCCAAGCUUUUGAAAUGCUUCAUUACAACGCUCAGUUCCUCCAAUUUAAUAACUGAGCAUUAGCAAUCUCACCGACUGAAAUUCUCAUAAGUAGCAAAAUUUAGGAUUAAGAAAACGACGGAUGUUCUGUUUACCAUUUCUACAUGAUUCAGAGCUCAUUAUUACUUCAGCACCAAAACCUUGACAGCACUCUAGCUAUCUUUUCAUCAUCUGUCUGAAAUUCUCUCUUCCUUUUCUAUUUUCUUCCAAUAGUUCGACCUAUCCAUAAGUAGCAAAAUUUAGGACUAAGAAAAUGACGGAUGUUCUGUUUACCAUUUCUACAUGAUUCAGAGCUCAUUUUUACUUCAGCACCAAACCUUGACAGCACUCACAUAUCAGCAUUUGUGAUUACUACCACCAACUAUUGCUACUCUUUUCUUUCCUAUUUUUCUUUGUCGAAGGUUGGGGUUGGGGUUACGAGAAGUAGUCAAGUUAUGUGAAAUGGAGACGUACCAACAUGAUCCAAUGUAGCAGCAAGUUUAGCCUGUUCCCAUGCUCUCUGCAAUAAUUCCGAUGACCCAGCUCUGAAACCUGACGGAUUGGACAAGGUACGCACGAGAACUGAGAACGGCGGCCAUUGCAGCUCCUACAGCUAGACCAUUUAGGAUUUAUGAUUUUAGGAUUUAUGAUUUUGAAGAGCCAGACGAUGAUGAAUGGAGAGUUGAAAAAAUUAUGGCAGAUCUAGUUUUGCUAGCUCCAUGUUCAAUUGAAUAGGAGGUGUUACAACAAAUAGGAGUAGAUAUUGUAUUUAAAUGGCUAUAAAGGUCUUAUUAAAUGUGAAAUGAAUUACUAUUAAUUAUAAAUUAAGUAUCACAUAAAUUAUAAAUUAGAACCGAUACAAAUGAUUGAUAGAAUAGAUAACUCUGUAUCCAAGACUGCUCAAACCUAAAACCUCUUUAAAAGUUAGUAAAUUAAAAUGUGCUCUCUUAUCUGUAUUGUUACAUCUAUAAUCUUAAUUUGGCACAGAUUUAGAGAGUAAAAAUUAUAAGAAAUGUAAAAAUGUGAUGUUAAAUUUAUUUGCAUGGAAUAUUGAAACUAAAAAGUAAAGCAAAUAAUGCAAAUUGAAAAUGUAACAUUUGGAAAAGAGAACGAACCAAUUACUUUGAUCAGCAAAGCAAAAAUACACUGAUACUAUUAGCCUAUAGCAAAAGAAAAAAGUGCAAAUCGGACUUGGUCCAAAUUUCAAGCUGUAUAAGCGCCGCCGCCACGGGAACCACCACUACGGCCGCCGCCACGACGGCCAUAGUCAUCGUCAUCCUCAUCAGAAUCAUCAUAGCUUCCAUACACAUCAUCAAAUCCCUUCGAUUCAUCAUCAUCAGAAUCGUCAAAAUCAUCUUCAUCAUCAGAAUCGUCUUCGACAUCUUCUUCCAGAUUAGGACGUCUCAUGCUACUGGUCGAUCGGCUUCCACGAAGCUCCAUCAAAGACAAAUCAAAAACAGGCAAACCGGAGCCGAUACCAAUCGGGAAGUUCCAAUUCAGAAGAAAUUCAUCCGCAUUUGACACACUCAACUUUUUACUAUCAGAGAAAUGCCCAGUCAGAAUCGACUUUGGUUGAAAUUGAGGGGAAAUGAUAGAUGAGCCUACAGAGGCGGCGGCGGUGGUAGCUCCGGGGCGGAGGAGCUGACGGUGAAUGAUAUUUUGGAGUGAAGUUUUGUUGGUUAAGCUUUGAAACCUAGAUACAGCAGCCAUGGUUGCUAAAGCUGUUUAGCUUCACUGAAAACGAAAGGGUUUUAUAAGGGUUUAAGAGCUCUAGGGUUUUGGAGGGUUCUAGAGAUUUAUUAAAAAAGAAGGAAUAGUAGACUUAUAAAAUAAUUUUAAGCUGCCGGCGAAUAUAUAAUUUUAAUAUAUAUUUACAUAUCAAAUAUAAUAAAUUCAAUGUUUUAAGAAACGACUAUAGCUAAUAACAAAGAUAAAUAUAACUAACACACAAAAUUGAACAAAUAUUCAUAGGACAAAUAUGAGAGAUAAUAAGAGAUACAAGUAAUACAGUAAAAGCCAAAUACUGUUAUACAACAUGAAAGAUAUAAAAACGAAA